CGUGAAUCCCAACCAUUCAAGAUAUCACCAACCCUAAUAUCUCCAACCUCAUCUGAUACAAUGUCCUCUCCCAAAGUAGCCAUUGCCGGUGCAAGCGGCAACCUGGGCCCCAGCAUCGUGAACGCGCUCGUGGACGCCGGGAUCGAAGUCACCGCCCUGACGCGCCAGGACAGCAACAAGACCAUCGACAACCCCAAAGUCAAAGUCAUCCCGGUCGACUACGACUCGCCCGAAUCCCUGCAGACCGCACUAGCAGGCCAGGACGUUGUGGUGGACUCCCGCGCCAUCCUCCCCAGCGAGUCGAUCAUCCGGCUGAUCGAUGCGGCGAUCGCGGCGGGCGUCACGCGCUUCAUCCCCUCCGAGUUCGGCACCGACACGCUGAACCGGCUCAACGAAGACCUGCCCGUCUUCGCCAACAAGGUCGCGUCGCGCAAGUACCUCGAGCGGGUCGCCCAGACCUCCCCGCUGAGCUAUAGUCUGCUGUUCACGGGCCCGUUCCUGGAUCUGGGCCUGCGCUCGGGGUUCCUGGUCAAUCUCGCGGGCCCGGUCGCGGAGCUCUACGAUGGCGGGGAGCAGAAGGUCAGCAGCACCACGCUGCCAGGGAUCGGGCGGGCGGUGGUCGGGAUCGUGAAGAAUCUCGAGGCCACGAAGAAUGCGGCGUUGUAUGUGAGCGAGGCGGAUGUCACGCAGAAGCAGUUGAUCGCGCUCUCCGGGAAGACGCUGGAGACAAAGGUCGUGGCGACCGAGGAGCUGGAGCGCAUCGGGCGCGCGGAGUUGGCCAAGCCGCAGCCGCACCCUGGCAUCGUCGCGGUGAACUUGAUCCGCCGAGCGCUUUUUGGGGAAGGGUAUGGGAGUCUGUUUGAGGAGCAAAAACUCGCGAAUGAGUUGCUGGGUUUGCGGAAGUUGACGGAGGAGGAGCUGCGGGCGUUGGUAGCUAGUGUUUGAAGUGUGCAAUGAUAAAGUUUUGAUAAUGGUUUCAUGUUGUCAUUAGGUCUGAUGGAUAUACACAGUGUGUUGGUUGAACGCUGUUUUGUCAGAGUCAUUAUACGUUUUCUGCAGCCCUAAAGACGGGGUUGUGGGGUAGUAUGUCAAGUCACCUUCCCCACAUGUCCUCAGCACAAGAAGACUUCCGUGAAGUCUUCACAAUAGCCUAAAUUGACACUCUAUCUAGG